CCACCUAAACCCAGUCACGGCGGAGUCACCGCACCCAACAACAAUGCAAGUCAAAACCACUGAAACCGCUCUAGUCCUCCCCUCCCCGCAACCCUUCUCUGAAGACCACACUCUCCCUCUUUCCCACCUCGACAACGACCCCAACCUCCACGUAAGCUUCCGUUACUUCCGUGCUUAUGCCAGCAACGCCGCCACCCAUCACCACCCUUUCAACGUCACCGCCACCGUACUCGCCUCCGCUCUUCCUCACUACUACCCACUAGCCGCCACUCUCCGCCGCGCCAGCAACAACCGAUUCGAGCUUUUUUGCCAGGCCGGUCAAGGUCUCCCCCUCAUCAAUGCCAGCGUGGACUGCACGUUAGAGUCCGUAAAUUACCUGGAUGACCCGGACCCGUAUUUCGUCGAACAAUUGGUACCGGAUCCAACCCCAGAAGAGGCGCUUGUUAACCCGUGUAUUUUACAGGUCACGGUGUUCAAAUGUGGCGGCUACUGUCUUGGGGCGGCAAUACAUCACGCGUUGUGCGAUGGACUCGGGGCGACUCAGUUCUUCAACGCGAUGGCUGAGCUGGCGCGUGGAUCGGAUCCGGUGUCGGUGGAGCCGGUGUGGGAUCGAGCACGCUUGUUGGGCCCACGCGAUCCUCCCCGGGCGGAAGGCGCCGUCCGGGAGUUUUUGAGUCUGCAGAAAGGAUUCGAUCCGUACCGGCAGGAGAUCGGCGGUGUUACGAGGGAGUGUUUCCAGGUAGAAGAGCAAUUGUUGGACAGCUUCAAGGCUUUGUUGUUGGAAAAGUGUGGGGUCCGUUUCACCACGUUCGAGGCAUUAGGCGCGUUCAUCUGGCGAGCCAAGGUUAAGGCCUCAAAGAUUUCAGGAGAUGAGACGGUGAAGUUUGCCUAUGCAUUGAACAUCCGGAAACUAAUUAAGCCCCCACUACCCAGUGGCUAUUGGGGCAAUGGUUGCAUUCCAAUGUAUGCACAGCUUACCGCUAAAGAAUUGGUGGAGCAACCUAUCUGGAAAACGGCCGAGGUAAUCAAGAAGAGCAAAGCGAACGCCAACGACGACUAUUUUCGUUCCUUCAUCGAUUUUUACGAGCUGCAUUACGGGGAAGGCAUCACGGCUGGAAAGGAAGUGAGUGGAUUCACGGAUUGGAGGCACUUGGGACAUUCCACAGUGGACUUUGGCUGGGGAGGUCCGGUGACCGUGAUGCCACUUUCGAGGAACCUGCUGGGUAGCAUGGAGCCAUGCUUUUUCUUGCCGUUUUCUUCGGCAAAAGGAGAGAAUAAGGAUGGGUUUAAAGUGUUGGUGACAUUGCGUGAGAGUGCCAUGCCUGGUUUCAAGGAAGACAUGGAUAAAUUCAGGAGCAAACAAUUUGAGCUGUGAUUCUGCCAUUCCACGGUCUAGAGAUGUUAUGGUACCAAUUGAAGAAUUUCUGACAUAAAAAUAAUUUGCACUUCUCUACAAAUUUCAGUCUGUUUCGCUUCCACGAAGAGGGGACGAUGCAUAUAUAUGUAGAAUAACUUGAUUAUGCCUUAUUUAUAAUGCCUUAUUUAUAUCUACCCCAAUCUUGAGGAAACUACUCAAUAAUCGACCUUAAAUUGC